AGCUCUCCCAGGAAUCACCCAAUCCUCCCUGUGAACUUCAGCUGCAUCCUCCUCCCCAUCCUCCUGAGCUGGAGCCGCAGGUCACUCUGCCACCUGAAAAGCAACCCAAGAAAGAAUUACCAAAGGAGGAGGUGGUGCCACAGAAGCCAUCACCACCAGAGCAGCAGCAGCAACAGCAGCCUGAGAAGCCAGUCAAAGAACCAGUCAGUACUGUGAGCAAACCAGUGAAGACAGAGGAGACUCCCAGCCAGAAGGAAAGCCAACCGGUGACUAACAAUACUCUUCCAAAGAAACCAGUUUAUAAAAUUGGUCCUAAAAGUAAGACACUAGCCGCUAAGCAGUAUAGUCAGAUAGAUGACCUGGAUAAUUAUAAGUGCACCAUAACUGUGCAUGAGAAUGGCUCAGUGAAUGGAUAUGGUGUCCAGCCCACUCAUCCCCUUGCUGUGAAGUCCAAUUCCAGUCCAGGUGACUCUUCAGACAGUGAAGUAAAUAGUGAAGAUGGUUCCCCAACCUUUGCACAGCUCAGACCAGCAAAGCGUCGCCGGAAAAGUCAGACUCUGGAGGGUGUGUUUAUUGGGCCCAAGCGGGUGAAGCAGGCACGCAUCGUGCGGGAGCGGCAAGAACGCCGCAACAGGAGCCUUCAGGAACAGCUGCGGCAGACCGAGCUGGAGGAAGAGAUUCAGGCCAUAAGAAUAGAAAAGUCAAGUGAGGAAGAUGGUCCACUUGGCAACAUGCUGGUGCAGUCAUCAAUAAUCCUGGCAGAUUCUCAGAUGGAGGAGCAAGACAACGUAGAGCAAUGCAUUGCUUCCAUCAAAGCUCAUCAACUUGGCAUUAAUUCUUCAGACCUAAAUAGUGAUUUAGAAAAUGGUGAUAAAUUGAAUGCAAGUUCCCCAGGACAGGUGGCUGGAAAGAGAUCCAAGAGGUCUCACACCAGUAAAGUAUUUCACAAUGAUAAUUCUGUUAUCAUUAAGCAUCUGCCACCCACAGUGCAAAAAAGGAAACUUAGAGCAAAAGAUUUUAAGUGGAGCCAUUACAUCAAAUCAAUGAGAUACUGGUGUAGUGAUUGUGCUCAUGGGUUUAGAAACCAGAGAGAAGUAGCUUCUCACACCGAAGAUAAGUGCAAGUGGAAUUGUCUCUACAUGCUGGAGUGUUACGUCAUCGUCAAGGAUGCGCAGUACCAUGCACACUAUGGACCAAAGGUUCAAGAGCUCCUGGAAGAGUACCAGGUGGAUGGACAACACAAGUGCAAGACUUGUGGAGAAAUUAUAGCCCGUAAAGCAGACUUCCUGGUGCAUGUGGACUCCCACAAAGACUUCAUGCCCUGGGAGUGCACCAUCUGUGGCACGCGCUUCAAGAUCCGGGGCUCCCUCAAGGAACACCUGCGAUACACUCACAUGAAGGGCCGCGUGCCUUGCCUCAAGUGCAACAAGGUUUUCCCCACCUCCACACUUCUGAGACAGCAUGUCAAGGUGCACACUCAACACUACAAGUACAAAGCCACUAAGAAUCGUGACGAGGAAUUGAAAGCGGCCAUGGAAGCCACAGCCGGCGCUCUUGAGGCCAGUGCAGAGGCUGUGGAGGAGGAGGCUGAAAAGCUUUCUGAUGAGGCCAAUGAGUACAGGAGCUGGUGUAAGCUGAUGGAGCUAAAUGCAAUGAAGAACAUUGGUGCCAACUCAAAUACUCCUCCCUCUGAGGAAAAGAAGAAAAGUGGAGCCACUCCUAGUUAGUGUUGGUUUUAAGUGCUAGGCUAACAGUGAUGUGAGUGUGCAUGUGAUGGAGGAGCUUACUGGAGGAACACAGCCAUGACACAGUCCUCAGUCCAAGUUAGAUUUAUAAAUGUAUGGCUCAUUACCCCUCAGGAAGGGACUUGUUUUGUGUACACUAUGAGGAACUGAAAACAUAGUGUGGAUUCCUUUACAGAUGCUGAGGCAGAAGUGAGAGUAUUAUUAAAAGACUGUAUAGUGUUUAGUUGCACCCCAUUAGAAAGUGUCAGAAAGAAGUUGUUAGAGGUACAUAAGAUGUAGAAAAGAUUAUCUUUCAGUUGAUGAAAACCGGAAGAGCAAUAAUAUUAGUAUUAAUGUGGUACUGUAAUAGAAGGCACUUAUGUCCUAUGAAUGUCAAGAAAAUUACUAUUGAAAAUGCAUUUCAGAAUUGUGUAAUGCACAAGUUUUGGACAUUCUAUAUUUUAAAUCUAUUCACCUUGGUGCAGUACAUGUACAUUGAUACAAGACUCAAGUGUUCAACAACCAUGCAUGCGUACACACACACACAUGCACUAUAUAUAUGUAUAUAUAUAUAUAUAUAUAUAUAUAUAUAUAUAUAUAUAUAUAUAUAUAUAUAUAUAUAUAUAUAUAUAUAUAUAUAUAUAUAUAUAUAUAUAUAUAUAUAUAUAUAUAUAUUAUACAGCUGUAUGUGUGUGUGUCCGUCAGGGUGCAUAUAUGUAUAUGUAUGCUUUGGUGCAACAGAGAAGGCACAUCUAUCCAGAGAUGAAUUAGAGAGACACCAUCACUGGACAGUCUGCCUUUGUACCUCUGAGUGCCAUAGAACUGUGAUUGUGGUGCAGUACUUGGUGCAUGGGUCCAUAUUGGACUUAAAACACUCAUACUCAAGGUAAAGGUAGGGCUGGAUGUUUUAUAUGGCACAGGAAUCUCAAUAAGAUUGGCCAUGCUCGUCUCCAAGACAAAUGUGUGGGUGACUUCCUGUUUAUAGCAGCUUCAUAUCACAUGUUUGUACAUAUUGACAGUGUGUGAGUAGUUUAUGUAAGUAUGUGACCACCAGUGUUGUGCUUUGUUUGUGUAAUUAAUUAUAGAUAUUUAAAGUGUUCAAAGUUAGGGACUAACUUAGAUUUUUUUAUUUGUACUUAUGAUUGUUUUGUACUACAAUAUAAUUUGGGAUUUAUAGCCUUUUUUUCUGUAAAAUAGUUGUGAACUGAAAGCAUUUACAUUUCAUGCAGAUUUUAUGUAUCUGCAUAUAGCAUUUAUGAACUGCAGGUAAUUUGCUUUUAGAUAUGUUGCCUAUGCUUAUAGCUGCUAUUAUCUAAUGCUAGAUACAAGUGUACAGGUGCAAUGUAAGUACCUCGGUGCUGUGCUUCUUGGCUACUGUUGGUUACAGAGCAAACAGGGUGACUUACGUUAGACGUUAUAAAGUUUUAUCAGGUUAAUUUUUAUUUCUACACUAUUUGAUAAAAAGUAUUUAUUUGCUUGGCUGACAGUUACAGGCAGUGUACUCAUCCUGCCUGGCUUCUUGUGGGAGGAUGAAUGGUGUUGUGUAUGUGAGGCUUGUGACUCUUUGUGAUGACCUGCUGUUGUUGUCUGUGAGGAUGAGAGCACUCUGGUGGUAGGUGUGACAGCGAACUACGACAUAGAUCUGUUGACGGGGGACGAAAAUCAUCUGUGACAAGAUGGCGAUUCAGUACUUUAUUGUUAUUAUUAUUAUUAUUAUUAUUAUUAUUAUUAUUAUUAUUAUUAUUAUUAUUAUUAUUAUUAUUAUUAUUAUUAUUAUAAUUCCUUUCACACUAAUUGACAACAUCAGUUUGAAAACCUGUUCCUUAGUACUUAAUGCGUAGGUACUCUUUUGUUUCCUUCAUUAACCUUCAACUCAUAGAAUGUUUUGUUAAGAUGAGAGGGACCUGUAUCAUUCUGAUCACACAUGUAAUAGUGUAGGCACACUUUGAGGUCAUCGGUAAUACAUUAGGGAAACAGGGUUUGCGCUUGGUGUCAGUAUUUGGUUUGUCUAGUGAUGUUUGGGGCAUUCAACACGUGGGAGUGGCAUUGGAGUGAUGUGAUGCAGCUUUGAUGUAAAGAAGUCUUUGUGAUGAGACUGUAACAAUACUGAGCAGCUAACACAUGGUAAACUCUUAAAUGUAAAGAACAUUUAAUAUAUAACUAAGCCAAAUACCAAGAAUGCUUGAAUGUUACUGUUCUUGCAUUAGCUGGGCCUCAUCAGACUCAUCUGUGGACUCAGCUUAAAAUGUUCAUCUUGGGAAUCUUCAGAAAGACACCUGUCUCAUAAAUGCUAGUCAUAAGCUCUGUGUGUGUGUGUGUGUGUGUGUGUGUGUGUGUGUGUGUGUGUGUGUGUGUGUGUGUGUGUGUGUGUGUGUGUGUGUGUGUAAUGUGAUAGUUAUAAAACCAAAACAAUAACGAGAGCUGAAAAUAUUUGUAACCUUUGCUAGUAUUCUUUCAGGAUCAGGAUUCAUUGUUGCUUCUGAGAUGGAAGUUAGCCGUUCCAUUUCCUUGUGCAAAGUGGAGGAUUGUGGGAGUGUUUGAUGCAUGGCUACACCAACAUUAAUACUCCUAAAUACCUUUCUUGUGAAAAUUCAUGUUUUACUUGUGUUAAUAUCAUUAGUUGUUUUACUUGCUAUUUGAUAUUAGUUACCUUAAAACACUGGGCAUUAACUUCCUGUUUAAUGUAGCUUUAGUCAUAACAGAUUUGAUGUUAUCUUAGUCUUUGCAUCAUUACUCAGUCAUGCCUUUGUUCCCUCCAUUCCCAGCACCCCUGCAGUAGGCACCACAAAUUCAGAAUUAUUUCAAUAGUUAGUAAGGCUGUGCCAAUUAGAUUGGGUGAAUUUUAAAACAAUUUUUUAUAUUAUUUACAUUUUUUCCUCCCUCCCUCAAUGAAGCACCCACAUUAUGAUGUGAUGGUCAUGCUCAGUAUAGAACCAUCAGUGAAGCUCACUUAGUCAUGAAGCAUGAUGGCUCAUGUAGUGUAUAGGACACUGCCCAGCACCACCUACCAUUUCUUAGAUCAAAUUUAUUACAUACUCAGUUUUUCUCUCUGCCUUUGCUGCUCUUGAACUUUGUUACUGGUGCUCAAUAAUAUUUUCUAUGCUCUUUGUACUUGUUUUACAUAAGAAAUCUAAUUAUUGUAAAAUUAGAAAAUAAUUGGCUUAAAGUAGAACUUGAUUAGUAUUAUAGCCUUAUAAGCAGUUUUGUGUCAUUCCAUGGUAAGGGCAGUUACUCUUCACAUUUACAGUUUUUGGUUAAGAAGAAAGAAGUAUCCAGAAAGUACAUAUCUGUCCUUACAGCCAAAAUUUCAUAAGAUAUGCUCAUGACAUGCCUUGGAAGCUGGCAGCUGAGUGCUGUGUGUGUAAAGCUACACAUUAAGAUAAAAGGUGUACCUAAACUUCAUGCCUCCACAUCACACUAAACACAAGAAACAAAGUGAUGGAUGGAAAUGUAACUGACUUUAUAUUUUUAGGGGAUACUUCACCUGAUAACAUGAAACCAUAACAUGAGUGAGCUGUGUCAGUAUCCAUGUGUUGGUGAUGCUUACCUGUGGCCGUGUGGUGGUUGUGGGUUCCUGUGAGACUGUAAGGGAAGCUGCAUCUCUUAAUGACUGUAUUGUCUGUCUGUAUGUAAUGUUUUUGGAUGUGUCAGUUCCAAAGCAGCUUUAGUAUAUACAUCUGUAUCUUAUGUGGCUACUUAUUUCAUGACAGAAAGCAAGUGGCAGCCAAUCAACUUGAAUUACAUGUUGCAGAACUCAAACUGCAAAAAUAGGGCAAAGCAUCCUGGAAGUGUGUUCAGACAAGAUUGUUAUUUGUAGUGUUCACUGCACUUUGACUCAGCCAGAGAAACAUCAGCAUUUGCCGUGUUUAGAUGAUACAAGACAUUCAUUCAAGUGAUGGCUAACAAAUGUGGGAAUGAGUUCAUAAAUAUCACAGUGAAUGGCUGAGUGCAGAACACGCUGGUACCAAGUGUGAACCCUGUUUGUCUGCUUCUCCUUGCCUGUCGCUACAACACUGCUCUCUCUAUGACUGUUGGUGCUAUCCUUAUACAUAAUUUUUACACAGGUUGUGGUUAGAACCUUCACAAGUGUGUCGCCAAAUGACUUACAUCCUUGGCAUUAAGUCUUCUAAGUUCUAAGUAAUUUCUUUUGUAGGCAUUAGCACUUAGUCCUCACUCUUGGGGGCUGUCCUCAGCUAUUUCAACAUAAGUUUAUUUUGGUAAUUUUUAAAGGAUAUACUGAUGUUAGAAUGAGACGAGCAUUGCAAGUGAAUGGUGCCGAAAGACAUGUUUGCAUGUUGGAGAAUCUCCUAGCUACUUGCAAGUACAAUAUUUUACUUAGCUAACAGGAACUUGGUUGAUUGUUUUCAUAAUGUUUAUUAUUUUCAAGUUAGAUGAAUGUGUUGGUUGGUGUUGCACUACUAAGUGUUAUUAUUUUUUACGUCCUGAAUGUUUUUAUUAUUGUUUUUAUUAUUGGGCUUCCAUUUUGUUGUUCUGAGAUUACUGAGGAGGUGAGAGUUGCUGAAUAGGGCUUGAUGGAUUGGUGAUGAGUUUACCUGAGAAAUAUCACAAUCACAGUUACAUCUAAGGACAGGAAAUGCUGCUAAAGUAUGAUAUUAUAAAAUUAAGCAACGGAGACAAUAUUCAGUGUGCUUAUUCAUGAACAUAUUAUCACCAGAAACAUUGCAGCUACUUUAGAUGGAAGUGAAAGUAUAGUUUUUAAAAGUGUAAGAUAAAUGGUUUCUUGAGUCUUGGAUAAUCCUGAGGUCUUCCUAAAGUAUCAUCAGCAUCAGACUUCCAGAUGUUGCUGCAGAAUCAUGAUAGGAUCAGCUAAUGAUGACUUAAGAAAGCUUCCUCAUGUAUUUUGACCUACAACAAUCCUUUUUUUUAUUCUGAUGAUUUCUCUGAAUCAGAUCAUUCUUCUCCUUUUCCUAAUGCUGUUCUGAAUCAGCUUAGGAAUAACUUCAUAGACGAUUUUCUACUUAAAACGAAUUGACAAUUUUACCCCCAUUUAGUGGUAUGUAACAUAUGAAUGCAUAUACAUAUAUACAUAUGAUUUCCUCAGUAUUGUGAAAAAAUAUAUUAUGAUGGAUCAAUAUUGUGGAAAUGUGUUCUUCACUUCCCUUGACUUCUUUCCCAGCAGUUUUGUAAAACUAAGAGGUGGCUGGUGUGUGUGAGCUCCUCAUAAAGGUUGUGUGGCAGGUCUGUCGUGGGUUAUUUUAUACCAUCGUAGUUGACCUUUUUAAUAUUUUGGUAGUGUCACAAGAUACUCUAUUUUGUUAUACUCAUGUACAAGUUUUAUCUUUUUAAAAUAUUUGUUUUUAAGUGAUUUAAUUAUUAUUAUUAUUAUUAUUAUUAUUAUUAUUAUUAUUAUUAUUAUUAUUAUUAUUAUUAUUAUUAUUAUUGUUAUUAUUAUUAUUAUUAUUAUUAUUAUUAUUAUUAUUAUUAUUAUUAUUAUUGUGAAGAUGCAUGUGUUAAGAUCGCAUUACUAGGGUUGGUGUGGGACUCGGUACUCCUUUUCUAUUGCAGUCCGUGUUAUGUCCAAAAUUUGUUACUGAGGGAAAAGACGUGGAGUUUGACAAGAAGUGAAUACCAUGUUGUUUUCUGUGUUUUCUUGUGCAAUAUGCUAGUAGGAUAAUCAAGCGACAAUUGAUAUCCGAAAGUUGUUUCUACCGUAGAAUGCUUGUUACAUUUGUUAUAAUUUUGUUUUAUACAUUGACUAAUUGUAGUAACUGUGCUAAUUGUAACGCAAUAUUCUCUGAUAGGUAUGUUCUGUUGAUUUUUGUUAUUCAGUUUAUUACAUUACGUUUUCUGUUUAUGCAAAUACGAACCAGAAUGUAAUUGGUAGUGAGUCCUGUUGGUGGGGCCUACAGACGUCUUCAGAAUGUGUGUUGCAUCUCCUCCAUCCAUUGGGUGUGUGUAUGUCUGUGUGUAUGCCUGUGUGUGGGACAGGGUGGUUAGAGGCAGAAGGAGCUGAAAACCCUAGAGGGACAGGCCUGGCACUGGCACUGGCACUUCUUGGAUCUGUUGUAUCCUUCAAUCCAGACUAUCAAACAGGUACAUGAGCGCCUUGUGUAAAACAAACUAGCUAACUCUUAGGUUACCAGUCUCUUGGUGCUGAUGCUGGACACAUCAAUCUGUCUCUAGGUACAACAGGCCGUGUGGGGGGACCUGCUUGGGUCAAUGUCAUUUCUGUUUGAUUUAUGACCAGUGGAGAAGUUGAUGGGGGGAGGGUAAGGGAAAAGCCACUAAACUUGAAGAUCUCAGUGUAUGUUUUUUCUCUCUUUUUGCAUGAACAAAACUGAUGAAGAAGGAAAUUCCUUGCAUGCAUGUGUGCGUGAAUGAGCGAGUGCAUGGGCGAGUGACUGGACAGUAAUGGCUAGAGAAAAUUUCACGGAGGUCUAAUGCAUACUGUGUAGUAUUUUUGUAUAUGAAGAUUCGCCUACUAGUUUGUGAAAUGUGUAUUGAUUUGUUGCAAUUUUUUUUUCCAGUAAGCAAGUUGAGCUCUACACAGUGCUGCUUUGGGUGGAACUUACCAAUUGGUUUUUCAUUGUAUUAGCUCUCAAACAAAAUAAUACAAAAGAAACAAAAAAAAUGUAAAGGGUUCUGUGAUAGUGGGGUAAGCACAAAGGGCUUUUUUUCAGUGGUUUGAAUUCAAAACUGUGAUAUUAGUCUAUAUUUAUUUAAUCUCCAUUUGUGUUCAUGGAUCCCCUCUUAAUGGUUUGGGUCCUGUUAACAAAGUUGCCAGCUCGAAUGUUUGCGUUGAUCCACCCGACCACACCUGUGUAGUGCCCCAUGCAGCUCUGGGACCCCCUGUAGCAAUGUACAUUCAAGUCCAGACUGUUUUUGUACCUGCGUAUGAAAAUAAAGCUGCUGUCAACUA